CUUCUCUCUUCUUACUCUCACUUCGAUUUCCUCUCAUUCUUCCUUCCGCUGAAAUUUACAACAAAAUAAGAAAACCCACCAAGCAAAAACCUUAACUUUCCCGAUACUCUGUUCGUAAGCUUGUGUACAGUUGCUUGCUUUACAUAGUUAGCAUUAUUUUGAAUAGGUUUUUUAAGUGUUGGGGAAAACCCUGAAUCAGAAACAGCCAAUGGGUGACUCACCAAACUCGGAAACCGAGUCUAGCACUCUUAGCAACAACUCCUCUGCUUUUUCUCCACCUUCACCAUCCUCCUAUGGUGGUAAAACGAAAGCGGAUACUGACCCGACACCCGACCCGAAAAGGCAAAAGCGUACGAGGGAUAGUAGCAAGCACUCGGUUUACCGUGGGGUGCGAAUGAGGACAUGGGGCAAAUGGGUAUCCGAAAUCCGAGAGCCCCGGAAGAAGAACCGGAUCUGGUUAGGUACUUUCUCGACUCCCGAAAUGGCGGCUCGUGCCCACGACGUUGCAGCUUUAAGUAUCAAAGGCAACUCGGCGAUUCUCAACUUUCCUGAACUCGCCGGGUUGUGGCCCCUACCAACUUCCAAAUCGCCCCGCGACGUCCAAGCCGCCGCUGCUAAAGCUGCCUCAAUGGAGUUAUUAAGUAAUACUAGUACUAGUAACAACAUCAACGCCACGUCAUCAUCAUCGUCGUCGUCAGCUUCAAUAUCAUCAUCAUCGAAUGUAGAUGACGUGUCGACACCGGAGGAGUUGAGCGAGAUAGUAGAGUUGCCGAGUCUAGGGACGAGCUACGAAUCGGCUGAGCCGGGGAGCGAGUUUGUGUACGUGGACCCGGUUGAUGGGUGGCUUUUCAAUCCCAAUUGCAUCCCUUGGUAUUAUGAAGAAACUUGUGGGUAUUUUGGGGAAGAAAUUUCAAUGCAAAUGCAAGAAAGUGUGAUUACAACUGGGUUUGGUCCAUUACUAUGGGAUCAUUAAGGCAUAGUACUCCCAAAAAUCAAAGCGUGUUCGUUUUUCUUUAAAAAAAAAAAAAACUCUUUACAAUCUUUAUAUUACGAAAUUGUCCUUUUUCAAUAUUUUUUCUCUAGGAAAGGGCAAAAAAAUACCUUGCUUGGUUAUCAAGAUGUUUGUACUCAGCUGUGUUUAGAGUUUUGGGUCUGUUUUUCAGCAGUGGUCCACUGGGGUGAAUCAAACCUUUAUAAAAAUGGCAAAUUUAGUCAGA